AUGUCUACUAUCAUCGAGCAGCCCCAGAGCGAGUCGCCAGGGCUCGAAGCUGACAUGAAGCUCAAUCUCGCGUCUGAGACUGUCUUGGCCGUCGUCGAGGACGAUGAAGAGGUUGAAUGGACUGAGACUGACCAGAACAACGUCGACCGUGCUAUCCGAAAGCUAGACUUUACCCUUGUUCCGGUGUUUGGCAUCAUCUUCAUGAUGUCUUCUCUUGACCGCUCUAACAUCGGUAACGCCAAGCUUACAUCCUUCGGCACCGAUCUUGGUCUUGUUGGUAACCAGUACGGUGCUGCUGUGUCUGUGGUUUAUGCUACCUAUGUCAUCUUCGAGCCCAUCUUUGGCGUUCUGCUCAAGAUCGUAUCCCCUCGCAUCAUGUUGACCGGCUCCAUUAUCUGCUGGUCGGCUGUCACCAUCGGCUCCUCUUUCGUGAAAAACUAUCAUCAACUCAUUGCCACUCGACUCCUACUUGGUCUGUUUGAAGCCAGUAUAUCCCCCUGUAUUGCCCUCUACCUCACUAUGACCUACAAGCGGGACGAAUACGUCAGGAGACAGACUGCUAUCAACUGCUGCUCCGCUGUCUCUGGCGCAUUCGGUGGUCUACUUGCCUACGCCCUUACCAACAUCCACACUGGAAACAUGCACGGCUGGCAAUACAUGUACUUGGUGGAAGGUCUGAUGUCGGCUUGCAUCAUACCGGUGGCCUACUUCUUGGUUCCCAACCGACCCUCCGAGUUGCGAUUCCUCACCCACGAUGAAAGCACGGCUCUUCUGAAAAGGCAGAUCAUGAACAGGAAGUACUAUGACGAUCGCGAGACCUUUUCGUGGUUUGAGAUCCGCAGAGCUUUCAAAGACUGGAGGCUAUACGUCCAUGCCAUCAACCACUUUGGUAUCGACUGUACUCUUUACUCUCUCACCACCUUCAUGCCCUCGCUGUGCUCUUCUCUGGGAUUCGCUACGACUGUCCAGUCCCAACUUCUUACUGUGCCGGUCUACGCUAUCGCGGCUAUAGCUUUCGUCUGCUGUGGCUGGCUGUCAGACAAAUGGAACCUCCGUUCUCCUUUCAUACUUCAAGCGCUCGGCUGGAACCUCAUCGGCUACAUCAUCCUCGCAGCGGCACCUCAGCCAGGCGUGCGAUACGCCGGUAUCUUCAUCUCAUCCAUCGGGCUCUAUGUUGCCACAGCGCUCAACAACUUAUGGGCUGCCGAUAACAUAGCCGGGCACUACAAGCGAGCUGUUAGUUGUGGAACCAUUCAGCUCACCGGUAAUAUCAGUGGCGCCAUCAUUGGGUUUAUCUUCACGUCCCAAUCUGCUCCCAGGUACCGCAAGGGCAUCUACUUUGACAUCGCUGCCACCGUCAUGUCGAUGUGUUGUACUAUCAUCUUGCUUCUCGGGACUCGGGCCAAGAUAAGCAAGAAGGCCAAGCAAGUUGCGGCUGGUGCUCCCGACGACAACUCCCUCGGGGACGAGAACCCUCAUUACAAGCUAUUUCUCUGA